AAACAGCUCCAUCGCACGGGGAUUUGAGUGGGGGUAAACACCGAUUUUUUGUUGCACUUUUGUAUCCCUAACAAGCGGAGAGGGCUUGCAGCAAACACAGACAUGUCGCACACAAUUUUGCUCGUCCAGCCGACCAAGAGACCAGAGGGCCGCACGUAUGCUGACUAUGAGUCAGUGAAUGAAUGCAUGGAAGGUGUCUGCAAAAUGUAUGAAGAGCAUCUGAAGAGGAUGAAUCCAAACAGUCCCUCCAUUACGUAUGACAUUAGUCAGUUGUUUGACUUUAUUGACGACUUGGCAGAUCUGAGCUGUCUCGUCUACAGAGCGGACACUCAAACAUACCAACCAUACAACAAAGACUGGAUUAAGGAGAAGAUAUACGUCCUGCUGCGGCGUCAGGCUCAGCAGGCGGCAAAGUAGAGGCGUCGUCGGUGACAGGUUGUUGUCCUGCUACACACACACAGGAGUUCACGCUGCACUACAGUUUCACAGCGUCUUAUUGAUCUGUGUAUGAGGACAACAUUGUUCGUCUGACAAGGGGAUUGUUUUCAUAUUACAUUACACAUCGUGAAGGGAGUGGGUCUGAAAACAGGGAGAAAUAUGUGGGCUUUAUACUGAAGAUGAGUCAUUUGCUUGCCAGCAUAUGCAUGCUAGUAUUUUGUUACACUAUCAUGAGAAAGAGGCUAAUGGCUGCAAGGACUAACUUACUGAUGGAGAGAGAUCCCUGCUUGAAGAAACUCUCCACAGGCCAGAUCAUGACAUCUGUUUGUUUGUCAGACUUUUAGUUUUCUUCUUCCCUAAAAGCUAUGUGACCUGUUUUUUUGUUUUUUAUAUAUAUAUAUAAAUAUACCUUUACUGGGUAUUUGAACAUGCUGUGGACUUUAAAUGCAGCUGAUACGUUUUUUAAGGUGUGAAUAGUGACGCCCCCCUAAAUCGACCUGAUCCCAAGAAGAAUAAUUUUCCACAUUUCAUCUGUUCUUCUUCUAUUACCACUGUGAUGUAAAAUGCUGUUUUUUGUAAACAUUUUGUUUUGUGCAGCAUCCGAUUUCAACUCUGUUUCAUGU